AUGUUUUCCUGUACCGUACGUCUUACUUCGCUUCUGCGUUCUGCCAUCAAUGUUCCUACUAGUUCAAAACUACUUCAAACAAUUCUUGUUAAAAAUAAUUCUACUAAUACUAUACCAGAACCAACAAUCUCGUAUUCUGAUAGCGCCCUUGUUUUGUCCUUGAUAUUGCCAUCGCGUCAAGAAACAUGUCGAUUUCACCUUAAUUUACACACAACUACGGUGGGUCAACUGAUUGAUGAAAUACAACAAGAAGAUGCUGGCAUUGAACAUGUGCAGAUAUUUGAUAAGAAAGGAACUUUAUUUUCCAAAUCUUGCGGGAUGAGUUCUCUUAUUCAAUCACCUUUUACAAUACAAUUGAAUCGACAAAGAACAUAUCUUUUCGAUCCUAUUAAUAAGUUACAAAUAAAAGACACUAUAGUAAGACAAUCAACAACUGAUAGCUCAUCAAUAGAAGAUACCGUAGCAACACUUUACUAUGCAUUAAAUGUCAUGAAAAUUUAUCAUGUAAAAUAUGCUGAAUUAAAAGCUGAAGCCGAUACCUUAACAACACAACUUGAACCAUUAGAAAAAAUGAAAAAUAAAUUAGCAAAUAAAUGUCAACGUUAUACAUCACGUUGUAUAUGGUAUGGUCUAGCGGCAAUGUCUUUUCAAGUUGGUGCCUUAGCUGAACUUACCUGGGAUGUUUAUUCAUGGGAUAUAGUUGAACCUAUUUCUUAUUUUGUUGCAUAUGGAAGUGUUAUUGCAGUUUAUGCAUUUUAUUUAAUGACACGUUCUGAUUUCGAAUAUUUGACAUGGAGUGAUCGACUUUUUCUACGGCAAUUCUACCGUGUGGCUCAUCGUCAUGGCUUUGAUAUAUCUUUGUACAAUGACUUGAAGAAUCGUCUUUUUCUUGUGAAUACUGAUUUAGCACGUUUAAGAGCUCCAUUAUCCUUCUCGUUGCCUGUGCCUCCUCAUCCGUUUAUAUGCAAAGUUAGUGGCGAUGAAAUAAGUCCACUAGAUAUUUAUCGCACAACUACAAAAGCAGAACAGUGA